GUUUGGAGGGGAAGACUUUAAUUGGAGGACACCUUGCAAACAUGGCAGACGUACCAGAAAAUGCUUCAGAGCACUGUCCGGGUACAACAAGUGAGCAAGCCGGCAAGUCUGCACCAUGCCAGGGCUGUCCCAACCAGAAACUCUGUGCCUCUGGAGCCACAAAAGCCCCUGACCCUGCUAUAGCAGAGAUAGGAGAGAAGCUGUCAACAGUCAAACACAAGAUCCUCGUGUUGUCUGGAAAAGGAGGUGUGGGGAAGAGCACCUUUAGCGCUCACUUGGCUCACGCUCUGGCAAGUGACAUCACAAAGGAGAUUGCCCUGCUUGAUGUAGACAUCUGUGGUCCAUCCAUUCCAAGGAUCAUGGGUUUAGAGGGAGAGCAAGUUCACCAGAGUGGCUCUGGAUGGUCCCCUGUGUAUGUGGAGGACAACCUGGCAGUCAUGUCUAUUGGCUUCCUGCUAAGUAGUCCCGAUGAUGCUGUGAUCUGGAGAGGACCCAAGAAAAAUGGGAUCAUUAAGCAGUUUUUAAGGGAUGUGGACUGGGGGGAACUGGAUUACCUCAUCGUAGACACUCCACCCGGCACCUCUGACGAACACCUGUCCAUCGUCCAGUACCUAAGCGCCACCCAUGUUGAUGGAGCCAUCAUCAUCACCACACCACAGGAGGUGUCGUUGCAGGACGUGCGAAAGGAGAUCCGAUUCUGUCAGAAGGUUAAGAUGCCAAUCAUCGGGGUGGUGGAGAACAUGAGCGGCUUUGUCUGCCCUAAAUGCAAGAAUACGUCACAGAUCUUCCCUCCCUCAACCGGGGGAGCUGAGAAAAUGUGUGCAGACCUCAAACUACCCCUCUUAGGAAAGGUGCCUCUAGAUCCCAGGAUAGCACGGAGCUGUGACGAGGGCAGGUCUUUCCUGAGCGAUGUGCCCGACUCCCCCGCUGCGGAAGUCUACCAGAAAAUUGUGAAAACCAUCCAGGAUUACUGCUCCAACAGGGAAACAGAGGAGCAAAACACAACCUGACCACAUCAGAUGGCAUCCAUACAGGAGCAGAUCACAUGGCGGCAGACGGGCACCAAAUAAGAGGCACACGAAGAGCACAAGAGCUCGUACAUAUCAGAAUCGCAGCAUUUCUGUUAGACAGUCAGAGAAAUCUUAUCAUUCUUUGUUUUCAGUGAUAGGUUUCAUGCAUUGAUCAGAUGCUGCUGUGCCAGAGCAGUAUUUCCUGAAGAACUACUGAGAGUAAAUGAAAUGAAUACAUAAUAAGAGUCUGUAGAAACUGAAAUUACUUCCCAUUUCAUAAAACAAAUAAAGUCAUAAUCCAAAUAAGCACCUGUGCCCGUUUUGAAUAUGAAUGCACUCAUUAUGGAAUGAUCUUUAUGAGGCUGUCAGGGUUUACAAUGAUUUACACAUGUAUGUUUCUUUGUUUGUUUUGAAGGAAAGCAAUAUCAUUUUGAGCACUGUAGUUUUAACUAACAGCACAUUUGUCGUGGGCUGUUUGCCAGCUGCAGGUUAGACAAACGGUAGUAAAACUGUUAAUGGUAGUAAAGGCCCGGCCAUGCAAGAUGUCAAUUUUUGGCGUUUGCAUGGGUUUUUUAUCAGUUUUUGGUGGGAUGAAUGAAGCUCGGUGGCAAAAAGGAAAAAAUAUGCAGCAGAAAACUCUUUGCCUGUACUGAAGAUACCGUUUGUAGGAUCCAUUUUUUUCCUACAGCAUCAUUAAGCUUGUAUUUGCUUAGAGUGAGUCAUUUGUUUCAGGUGCUUUUGUGUACAUUAUGUCAAUCCCCUCAGUAGAUGAAAAGGAAUAUAAAAAUAUUCCACAGUGCCUGAGCAGGUGUGGUAAUGUUUGUUUUAAGAGGAGGUCAGCAAUUUGGUUUUUUUGUUGUGUUUAAACUCUUUAUGGCAUCAGGUUACUGUGAUCAAAGUGCAGAUUAAGCUGCCAACAAAGGAAAAAAAUAACUUGGAUUUUAUUUCGUCAUUAAUAUCGGUGCUUCUGCAUUUCAAAUGAGCAGAUUGUUUAUAUUAUCCCCUCCAAAUACUUCCUGUUUUUGAAGUAUAAAGAAGUACAGGUAGGUUCUGAAAACCCGAAUUUGCUGAAAACAAAUUAAAAGCUGGGAAAAAAAGUAGUAAAGCACAUCGUUGUUAUUUUUUAAUAUGCUGAUUUCAAAUCAUUUUCUUGCAUUUGUGAACAGAAAGUGCAAUUUUAACAAUAUCUGUGCAUAUGUGUGCAUUACUGUACAGAUGAUGGUGCAGGGGCUGCUUAAAGGUACAGAACAGCUAAACCAAACAGUUUUUUACUUUUUAAAGAUGUACACUUGCAGAUUUCUGGAAUUAUUUUUAAAUUGUACAUACAUUUUCAUACCUGUGUGGCAACGCUGGCAUCGAACUCCAGGAAAAGAAGUUGUUUUUUUUAUUGAAAAAUGUUCAAAGUUCAACUUUUGCAAUUCAAAGCGAGCGUCAGAGAUCAAAAGUUACAUUUAGGGUUAGGUGAUUUUUCACAUUCUCAACUGUCAUAAAUAUGUGGUCAUUUUACAAAUUUGAACCACUGGUUGUAUUUGGUCUUUUCAUAAUUGUGUUAAAAUCUUCAUGUCUAAUUAUUGAUGUGACCGAUGACCAAAUGAAAACAGCAUCCAUUCAUUAAACACGCUUCAUUUGC